CGUCGGAGGGACGAUCCGCAGAACGGACGAAUUUGCGUCGAUCCGCGGACCUUUCUUUGAAAAGACAAUAGAGGAGAAACCGCUCUUCUUGUUUAGUUUAAUCCCCUGUGCCUGCACUGCGAAUUUGUGACGCGCUGUAUACCUGCUAUUCUAGAUGUCGCUGUGCAUUUUGCGCACAUGCGUUGCGAAACAACACUGUUUUACCGCGCAAAAUACGAACAAUGUACAAUUGAAUUAAAACACUAGUGUUGUAAAAUUUGUAAUUUGCAACCUGGAACUUCGCGCGUUUGCUCAGGAUUGAAGUGUGACCUUGAUCCAAUUAUCGCGAGUAUAAAUAUAAUCAAAGAUAUAUCUGCUGUCACAUGUUACGCGCGGCAAGUAGCGACAGGUAAUCGAUCAGUUUGUCUUUUUUUCUUGUGAAAUUUUAACCGUCAAAAAUAUCGAGGUUUUUGACGUGUAAACACAAAGAUCUUUUAUUUAUUCUUAAAAAAUAUCGGCACUGGGAAAGUAUUCCUUUUAUGCGCGAAUCUCUUUACGGACAAAUCCGUAAUUAAAAAACAUUGGCGAGAUUAUCGGUGAAAAAGAUAUUACGACAAUAAUCAGAAGAAAUGAUAGAGACCGCCUAUGAUCCCACAUUCGAAAGGCACUUUAAAGGACACAAGGAUAAAAUCACGGCUUUGUGCUUUCAUCCCAAUGGCGCUCAACUGGUGUCAAGCAGUCUGGACAAAACACUAUUGGUAUGGAACUUGAAGGAGUCGACGCGAGCUUAUAGAUUUCUAGCUCACAAAGACGGUAUUUUGGAUGUGUGUUACGCACCGUCCGGAGAGGUCGUAGCCAGUGCCUCGAAAGACAGAUCGGUGAGAAUUUGGGUUCCCAAAGUCACGGGACAAUCACUGGACUUUAGAGCUCACAGUUUUGCUGUGAGAUCGGUACAGUUUAGUCCUGAUGGAGAAAAGUUGGUUACUGCGUCGGAUGACAAAAAUAUAAAGCUGUGGAUGGUGUGUCAGAGAAGAUUUCUCACGUCAUUUACUGGACACACAAAUUGGGUACGAUGCGCAAAAUUUUCUCCAAACGGCCGACUCUUGGUAUCCUGUAGUGAUGAUAAGACAAUAAAAGUAUGGGAUAUUAUCAGUGGACAAUGCAUUAAGACCUUUAAUGAACUGAAAGGACCUGCUACAUACGUGGACUUCCAUCCAAGUGGUGCAGCUAUUGGAUCAGCAAAUGUGGCUGCAUGUAUCAAGUUGUAUGACUUGAGAGCAGGUUCUUUGUAUCAGCAUUAUGCUGCUCAUAAGGAGCCUGUCAACAUGAUCAAGUUUCAUCCAAAAGGAAACUUUAUGUUAACAGCUUCUGAUGAUUCCACAAUGAAGGUUUUAGAUUUGCUAGAAGGCCGACCUAUUUAUACUCUCAAAGGACAUAUAGGCAGUAUAACAUCAGUGUCGUUCACACAAGAUGGUGAUUUCUUUGCUUCCGGUGGUGCAGAUCGACAAGUCUUGAUCUGGAAGUCUAACUUUUGCAAAACUGAUGACAUAGCUAAAAGGAUUCCCAGACAGUUUUUAGCAUCUCCUGUUCGAAAACAGAAGUUAGACGAUGUGGAAAAAUCAGUAGAUAGUAACAGAUACGAAAAUGUGCAAGAAAAGGAGGAAAAACAAGAAUAUUUAUCAGAUACACUGGAAGAGUUGAGUCUAGAUUCUGAUAGAAGUCACUGCAAGGAACCUGUAGCUGAAUUGUCAAACAAAAAGAUCGAAGUGAUCAACACAAGGAAUAUUAAAUCACGUAAAAGAGAUCGUGUAGCAAAUGUGCUACAUGAUCAGGAAGAUAAAACAUUCUCAGCACAUUCUAGUCAGUCUGAAGUGAAAACACUUCGUGAUCAAGUACAAUCAUUAAAUCAUACUGUGAACAUCUUAGAGCACCGUUUGACAGUAUUAGAAGCAGCGAUUAAAAAAUAAAUUGUAAUGUUUUAUUAUUAAUUUAUAAUCAGUAAUUAUUUAACAUGUGUGAAUAUGUAC